UCCACCUGUGCCCUCCUCCAGCUCUGCACCUGGCAUAUCUCGGUGCCUGCCGGACACGGCAUAGAGCUACAGUUCCACAACUUCAGCCUGGAGGCCCAGGAUGAGUGCAAGUUUGACUACGUGGAGGUGUAUGAGAUCAGCAGCUCAGGGGCCUUCAGCCUCCUGGGCAGGUUCUGUGGAGCAGAGCCACCCUCCCUCCUCGUGUCUUCGCACCAUGAGCUGGCUGUGCUCUUUAGGACAGAUCAUGGCAUCAGCAGUGGAGGCUUCUCAGCCACCUACCUGGCCUUCAAUACCACGGAGAGUGUGCCCCCGGGCACUGCCAUGCUCCUUGUGCCUGCAGACCGCUGUGGACCCAGUGAGCUCUCCUGCCAGGCUGGAGGGUGUAAGGGUGUGCGGUGGAUGUGUGACAUGUGGAGAGACUGCGCCGAUGGCAGCAAUGACAACUGCAGCAGCCCUUUGUUCCCACCCCCAGAGCUGGCCUGUGAGCCUGUCCAGGUGGAGAUGUGCCUCGGUCUGAGCUACAACACCACGGCCUUCCCUAACAUCUGGGUGGGCAUGGCCACCCAGAAGGAGGUGAUGGAGGUCCUCAGCGGUUACAAGAGCCUGACAAGCCUGCCCUGCUACCAGAAUUUCCGGAGGCUCCUGUGUGGGCUGCUUGUGCCCCGCUGCACCCCACUAGGCAGUGUUCUGCCCCCUUGCCGCUCUGUCUGCCAGGAAGCAGAGCACCAGUGCCAGUCUGGCCUAGCACUACUGGGCACCCCCUGGCCCUUCAACUGCAACAGGCUGCCAGAGGCAGCUGGCCUGGAAGCUUGUGCCCAGCCGUGACCCUGAAGCUGGCCCCUGCCCUCUUCCUGCCCAUCCUCCUUUGCCAGUCAGGGUUGGCAGGCAGGGGAACAAAGGAAGGGGCACCAGCAGGGUCUCUACCCAUCUUCUCUGGGGCUCCCAGAGAGGGGGCAGAGGAGUCCUCGGCUGGGGGUCAUGGGACCCUCCCACCCUCCCUGCUCCUUCCUGUCCCCUUCCUGUCCCCAGGCUGCUGACUGGCCCCACACUGGGCCACUGGACAAUCGAGACUGCUUCCUAUCCAGGCCUCUGACCCUGACUUCCCAUCUCUG